AUGUAUUGGCCCAUUGGAACUCCGCGCGUCCAUGCCACCAGCAGCAGCAGAGCUUCGGAUGCCAGCAUCUUCGUUUCCUACGAUGGCCUGCAGAGCCAUUCGGGAUCGUCUCUAGCAUCGCCCCAGCCUGAGGCCAGUGCGCGGCCGGUCACGGCGCCGCAGCACGACGAAUCCGAGGAUGCGCAGCCGCCUCCAACCCCCAUGACGCCGAAAACGCCGGCCGUCAAACCGGUUGAGCGCUACGAAUUCUUUCCAGAUGGCGCUGCUGCGAAGAGCCAGACGACUGAUGAUGGAAAGGUGCCCGUCAAGGACCCGAUACUUGCGCUGCGCAUUGCCCGCACCGGCCAGAUGUUUGCUGUCAUCACGGCAACAUCCAUCACACUAUGGCAAACCAAGCCUGCGGUUGUCCUCGCACUAGUUGUUCGAUCCGAAGCGUCCUUGGAGUCCUACGGCACUAAUGUUGACCUUCUGCUGCGCCCUGAUUCCGCCAUUCUCGUGGUUCAUACUUCCAAGGGAUACCUCAUUACCUAUUCGAUAGCGACCGAUGGCGAGUCGAGAGUCUAUAAACCACACUUUGCAAACUACCACAACGUACAGAGGAGGAAACAAAGCCUAAUUGGCCCACAGUCCCAUCUGCGACCUGAUCAGAUUCUUUGGGGUCCGGGCGAGGGGGGCGGGGUUCGCGAUGUCAGCGUACGAUUCCGCAUGGUUAUCAAGGUUGACGCCGGCAUCGAGAGUGCUCUUGCCCUUGACGACGAACUGGUUGUUGCAACAAGAAAGCCAGCUGCAGUGCAAUGCAUUCGCUGGACGCCCGACAGCAGCGGAAACCAAACCAGGACGGAGAUCUUGAGCCGCAUGGGCUGGGUGGAGAAGAGGGCGUCUAUCGUGGAAAUGACCCAUGACCGGCCGAUGAAUUUGACCACCUGGAUCACAAGUGAUGGGCGAGCAUAUGCUGUUCAGCGCCAGCAACGAAAAACCACAACUGAAGAGGACCCCGACAGCGCCGAGGCAAAACGCCUCUUCAAGGGGCACUGCUUCCAUAUUCCGCAAGAAUCGAGGGGACAAGCCGUACGCGCCGUCAUUAACGCUCGAUUUUCACUCAUCGCCGUUGGCUGCUCGGAUGGUGCAAUCCAUGUCUAUUCGGUCAGAGAUUACGAAGGCAACAUUGUGUAUUCCCACGCCCAUCGCAUGCCUUUCUCAAUAUCGACGGCGGGUUCCUUUACGACGUUGGCGUACUCGCCCGACGGAUACUGUCUCUUUGCAGGCUUCGAAAAAGGCUGGUCUACCUGGAGCAUGUUUGGCAAGCUAGGAAGUAAUAGCUUUGGAGCGGAACCCAGCAUAUCGACCCUGAAUGGCGAGCACUGGCUUUCAGGCGUCAAGGGCGCAGUUUGGGCUAGCGGCGGCUCUGAGGUUCUUCUGAUAGGGCGACAGCAUGAAGCCGUAUGGUCGCUUGAGAUGGCAAAAAAUGCCAUCACGGGCUGCUACAACGAGGCCAAUGUCUUUCGUACAGUUCUACAGACGCCAACCAGCGUCAUGAUAUACCGAGGCUAUGAUCUGCCUGACUUGACCAGCAUAUCGGCCGAACCAUUUUUGUGGCACACUUCAAGAAUCCCAUCGUCAUACCUUCUUAACCAGUGGCCCAUCCGCCAGACAGUCAUUUCACCGGAUGGACGCUAUGUUGCGGUAGCUGGUCGCCGGGGAUUGGCCCACUACAGCGUCAACAGCGGGCGAUGGAAGACAUUCACCGACGAGGCGAUGGAAAACGCCUUCGCGGUCCGGGGUGGUAUGUGCUGGUACCAGCAUAUACUGGUCGCUGCAAUAGAAGACAACCGGACGUUUGAGCUCCGGCUGUAUUCACGCGAGGCGGCGCUGGACACCUCCCAUAUCCUGCACACCGAGCGGCUACCUGCUCCUGUGGUUCUAAUCACGACUUCUGGUGAAGAUUCCCUCCUCGUCUAUACCUACGAGAAUCUCUUGUAUCACUACAUUUUUGUCCCGACGGCCGGGUCAGUCCGCCUCAUCCAGGUGGGCCAGAUUGCAUUUCACGGAAUUGUGCGAUCCCCUGCCAGAGUCCGAGGACUUAGCUGGAUCUUGCCGGACAACCAGCUCAGCGACGGAGAUCCUUCUCAGGAUGUGGCUGUUGCAUCUGUGCUCUUCCUCGUCGAUGGCAAGCUAGUAUUGUUGAGCCCCUCACUCAACGAGGAUGGCCAACUCAAGUACGAUAUGCGGAUGAUUGCGCAGAACGUAGAGUAUCAUGUGAGCAUGCGAGACCAGCCCCCUCUAAACGUCAAUCACUCCCCCGAAGAGACCCAAUCGCGGUAUGGACCGCCAGCUCUCCGCGACUCCCUUUGGCUGUUUGACGGUAUGGAGAUUAAAGCGUGGGCCGAUAUCAACGAGCUUUUGGUAGCAGCGGGCGGAGACGGCGGUGGGAGAGAUUUGCCGGCACCGGUGUCCGUAGACGUCGACUUUUACCCAUUGUCUAUCCUGCUGGAAAAGGGCAUUGUUCUUGGUGUGGAGUCGGACUUGGUGCAGCGACGCGAUGUGAACUUUUCCUUCUUUCACUUCGCAAUCAGGACGCACCUUGUUCUACCAGAUGUGCUACGGUUCUAUCUCGGCAACAACAUGACAGUCGAAGCGGCGAAUUUGUCUCAGCAAUACGAAGGAUUGGAGUAUUUCUCCCAUGGGCUAGAGGUGCUACUUCAUCGUGUGCUGGACGAAGAAGCAGACACAUCGCCGAAGCCGGAAGAUGCUGUCUUGCCGCGUGUCUUGUCCCUACUGUCAUCUUCUAAGGAGUACCUAGAUAUCGUGUUACAGUGCACAAGAAAAACAGAGGUCCGACAGUGGAAGACGCUUUUCGCCUAUCUCCCUCCAGCGCAAGAGCUGUUUGAAGAAUCAUUGCAACGGGGGUCGCUCAAGACGGCGGGCGGAUAUCUCAUCAUUCUGCAUACCUUGGAUGAGCUGGACGCGUCCUUGGAACAGUCUGUCCGAGUUCUGACAAGAGCAAUAAGAGAAGGAGACUGGGAACUAUGCAAAGAACUCGCAAGAUUCCUCGCCGCCAUGGAUGAAACCGGAGAGAUUCUCAAAGAAGCCAUGAAGAUGGCCAACGUUACGCAGGUGCCUAGCCGAGAUGGCAUCUCAAGCAGACUGGAGCUUCCGGUAACGGGGCUGGGGUUUAUUACCAACGGACGCAGCAAGAAUGGUAGCGACGACGAAACAGGAUCUGAUAUACGGUCCCCCAGCGACGCCAGCAGCAUGGGUUCGACUCACUGGCCACUAGCAGCAACUGCAGUCACGUUAUCGCCCAAGAAACAAUCCCGCACCCCCACCAUCAACCGCCAACCGCCAUCGCUCCCAAAAGUCGAGAUACUCAACGGCCAUUUCGCCCUCGAAUCCAGCAUCUGCCGCGCGACUCGGCCUCUGAAAACAUCGAGCCUCUCGCCCUCGCCUCACGGGCAUGAUCGCGGCCUGACUCUGCGAUUAUCGCCUCCUUCAGCCCGGCUUUUCCUCUGCCUUGUUGACGCUUGCUGCCUGUUGCUGCAGCCUCGUCCCUCUGCCUUCUUCGACCUCUUCAGCUUCUCCUUCGUCUUCGCUUCUCGUGUAUCUGCGAUGGAUGACUACGUGAGCGAGUCUGAUAGUGACUACACCAGCUAUUGGCGGGACUGGUUCAUCUCAUCUAGAGGAAACGAAUACUUUUGCGAGAUCGACGAGGAUUACCUGACGGAUCGCUUCAACCUGACGGGCCUCAACACCGAGGUCCAGUACUACCAGUAUGCGCUCGAUCUGGUGACCGAUGUCUUCGACCUCGACUGCGACGAUGAUAUGCGCGAGACUAUCGAGAGCUCGGCCAGACAUUUGUACGGCCUCGUGCACGCGCGAUACAUUGUCACUACACGCGGCUUGACGAAAAUGCUCGACAAGUACAAAAAGGCCGAGUUUGGAAAAUGCCCUCGCGUCAACUGCCACUCCCACCCCCUCCUCCCCAUGGGCCUCUCCGACAUCCCCAACCUCAAGCCAGUCAAGCUCUACUGCGCCCGCUGCGAGGAUCUCUACAACCCAAAGUCGUCCCGCCACGCCUCCAUCGACGGCGCCUACUUCGGCACCUCCUUCCACAACAUCAUCUUCCAGGUCUACCCGGCGCUCAUCCCCUCCAAGAGCAUCGAGCGAUACAUCCCUCGCGUCUACGGCUUCAAGGUCCACGCCGCUGCGGCCCUGGUGCGGUGGCAGGACCUCAAGAGAGAUGACAUGCGGAGGAGGCUGCGCAAGCUGGAGAUUGAGUCUGGCUUCAGAGAGGAGCAGAUGGAGGAAGAAGAGGAGGAAGAAGACGACGACAUCGAAUUCGAGGGAGUGGAUGGGAACAACAGCAACAUGAGGCUGAUUGAAGGACCUAUGUGAGCAAGUGGGGACGGAAAAGAAAGGAAAUGCAUUCUCAUACACCUGGAAGAAAAAAACAAAAAGGAAAUAAGGAAAAUAUUUUUCAUGGGGACAUGAGGAAGGGACUGAAAGUUUAAAAAAACCCAAAGAGACCCACGAAGAUAUGCUUUUUUUAUGCGACUACCACAAACACAGAGACACAUACUCACCAGCCCUCCCUUGUUUUCUGUUUCUUCAUCUUUCAGCUAACGUCAUUCCAACUCUUUCAAAUCUCCCCGUUUACAUAGGCACUUUCUUUGUUUUUUGUUGUACGAACAGGCGUUUUGGCAGGGGGCGGCGGGGGCGACGGCGGGGGAACAAACCAAGCUCUGGCUUUGAAUCUCUAUGUACGCAUUGAUGUUUUUCUCUCAUUGUUUUGUCAUUUUUAAAUUAAUACGCAUUUAUUCUUUUCAAUUGUGACGAGCUUUUCUCCU